CUCAAGUGAACAGGAUGCUGGCCACCGCUGUGCUCCGGUCCGCUCGCACACGGCUCCCAAACAACCGUCGGGCAUUCUCCAUCCUUGGGGGCAUGUCUGACGACUUGCUCAUCAGUAUGAACAUGGGACAUUCAAUCGGGGGUACCUCACAAGCGUCUUUGGUCGACAGCCUCAUCAAUGCAGGCGUGUUGGUCACCCCCCGUGUUCAAAACGCCUUCCGCAGCUUAGAUCGAGGCCAAUUUGUGUUUCCUGGCUACAGUCCCAGUGACAUUUACGCCAAUCGUCCGUUGAAGAUCGGCACAAUCGCGACCAUAUCGACCCCACAACAGCACGCUCAGGUCAUGGAGCUCUUGGCUCCGCACCUUCAGCCAGGCAAUCAGGCCAUUGACGUUGGCUGUGGCUCUGGAUACUUAGCCGCUGCCAUGGCACACCUAGUUGGUCCAUCUGGUCAUGUCGUUGGGGUUGACAUUGUGCCAUCACUGGUGGACUUCUCCACGAUGAACGUGGCCAAGGCGAAGGUUCCCUGUAAUUUUUCGUGGAUUGCAAGCAAUGGCAAAGAUAUUCUGCCUCCGAAUGCCUACUUCGACUGCAUUCAUGUCGGUGUAGCUGUGGAAACCAUGGAUGAAAUUGAUGCACUAGCCGCUUCGUUGCAUCCUGGCGGCGCCCUAGUGGUGCCUCUGGGGUACGCAUCGUCUGAACAACUACUGCUCAAGGUGAUCAAGCAAGAGGACGGCACUCUGGCGAAAGAACGAGUGAUGAGUGUGUUGUGUCAACCCUUGCUGAGCGAAGCACCUGCGCCGCUUCCAGUGCCAGAAACCAGGGCGGAGAAAUUGGCGCGUCUCCAGGCUGCUUUAGAGAUAUGGAAAGUUUCAUUCAUCGAGGAGAAUGGCCGAACGCCGACUCGGGACGACAUCCAGCAAGACCCGACGGCAAGCAAAUUGUUUGCAGAGUUCGCCGCCACGAGAAAAUAAUUCAAACGUGAGACGAACAGCAUGAGUUUGAUGGAUUAUAUGGGGGCGUUUAUGACGUCUUGGCAACGAC